AUGUUAAAUACAGAACACCUCACGAUUCACAGCGUUGAAACCCCUGUUCCAACACGUACAGAACACCUCCCGACUCAAAAUGUUGAAACCCCUGUUCCAACACCAUCAACAGACAAAUCACAAAGAAAGAGGAAGAGAGUAGAUCCAUUUGAAGGGGCAGAUCCGCGAGCUAAAAGACCUGAAGAUUUCCCAAUUUCAGCCAGACCCCCUAGAGGACGACCUAACAUACCACCUCCAAGAAAACCAAAAACAAACAAGAAAAAGCAAAAGGAAACAGAAGAGGAGACCAGCUGGAAUAGUGAGAAAGAAGCAAGUGAAACUGAAGAGAUAUCAGAAAAUGUGGGGACAAGAACACGUGCAAGAAAGUCACUAAGGAAACACACUGCCAAAGAAAAGGGAAAAGGGGUGGCUGAAGAGGAAAGUGGUACACAAGCCAACACAUCAAAUCUGCCACAACCCUAUAGUAAAAAAAUUUUAACCAAACAGAAUGCCACAAAAUGGGAAAAAGUCACAACCAGAAAGAUCAUCAGUCAGAAACUCCUUGUGCUUGAUAAAAUGAAGGACAGUGAACAGAUCUCAGAAAUUCUCAUUCACAGUCAAAUGCUUGAAACAGUAACAAACAUUGAACCAUAUGAAGAAAGUGUCAUUCAUGAAUUUUACAACAAUCUGGGAGCAGGAACACCAACCCCAAGUGAUCCAAUGUACGGAAAGAUCUACCUAAGAGGUAAAUUCUAUGACUUUACACCCUCUCUGAUUAAUGACUACAUGGGCACCUCAACCACAGAAAACUCUGCAAGCAUCAAUAGUGAACAAGUUGCCCAAGAACUGACAGCUGGUAAUGUAAGCUUUGAGAAGAACAAAAUCAAAGCAGCCUCUCUGACAAGCAAGUAUGCCAUACUCCAAAAGAUUGCUCUAGUCAACUGGAUGUCCUCACUCCAUGAAAACACUAUUAAGUGGAGUCUAGCAGAACUACUAUACAAGAUUGGUAAAAGAAUCAAGAUCAACUUUGGAGAGAUUGUGCACAGCCAGAUCAUGAACUUAGUAGGAAAUGGAACCCCCAAAGCUUCUCUAAUAUUCCCCAACCUGAUUUACACACUGCUGGUCCAACAAGCACUCAAGCAACAGAAACCCACAAUUCCAGUCAAAACACUCUCAAUAACCAUCAAACUAAGGAAGGGAACACACCAAAAUGACUUGACAACUACCACUCCAAAGGAAGAUCCAACAGAUAAAACCAUCCUCCUAAAAUACUUCCAGAAAAGACUAAAAGAAAUAGUGAAAGAAGAGAAAAGGAUCACAAAGAGACAUCUAGAACUCAAAGAGGAAAAAACAGAGGUACUACAGUGGCUGCAAGCACUAAAGAAAGACACAGAAGAAGAAAUCAGUCAAGAAGAAAGACAAGAAGAAGAAGAAGAAGAAGAGACUCAAGGAGAAAACUCAGAAGAAGAAUGUGAUCAAGAAGAGAGUCAAGAAGAAAGUCAAGAAGAAGAAGAAGAAGAAGAGACUCAAGAUGUUGAAAACUCUGUUUCAACACCUUCAGAAAAUUUUUGA